AUGGAGAAGUAUAUCGUUUUCGACAAAGCUUUGACCAAGGCCGACCACGUCGUUCUCCAGAGCUUAGCCAGGGAUAUUAAAACGGCCAGCUUGGUAACGUCUAGAAAAUUCAAGAGACACGAUUCCGACUGCGACUCUGGCAUAGGAUCUGAGGAGAGCUCUUCUAGUGGGGACGAAGCCAAGGCAUUUGCCCUCCAAGAUGAUGGCGCCAAAGACAAUGACAUCGCCGCACUCAAGGCGUCAAGGAAUCCUAAAAGCGCUGCAUUCGAACCCACCAUUGUCCUGUCAGUCGAUGAUUGUGACGCCCAUCUUCACCCGUUACUCAACAAAUACUUGCUGCAGCCAUAUAUCCAGCUGGCUCGGGGGAUUGUUCGCCAUGAGACAGAUGUAGCUAUGCUGACACACCUCAUCAUCUACUUCACCACGUCGGUCCCUAGUGCACUGGUUCUCUUUCGACAUUUCACCUACACACACGCCGUGCUCCAUUUCGUUAUGCAAAUGUAUUAUGUGGGAACCUAUACUUUGAUGCAACACCAACAUAUUCACCAACGGGGCAUAUUGGCCAAGACUUAUGGCCUCUUUGACAGAGCCUUUCCUUACAUUCUUGACCCGCUCAUGGGCCAUACAUGGAAUACCUACUACUAUCACCACGUGAAACACCACCAUGUGGAGGGCAACGGACCAGAUGACCUGUCGUCGACUAUCCGAUACCAGCGUGACAGCGUCCCGGACUUUCUUCACUACGUUGGACGGUUCUUCUUCCUCGUGUGGUUGGAUCUGCCCUUGUACUUUUUAGGCAAGAAUCGACCCGCCUUGGCGUUCAAGGCAGCCGGUUCCGAGUUCGCGACCUACGCGUAUUACUACUUCAUGUCCCGCGUUGUGGGCACCAGGGCAACCCUUUUCGUGUACAUUCUUCCCCUUCUCAUGUUGAGAAUGGGUUUAAUGGUUGGAAACUGGGGUCAGCAUGCGUUUGUGGACAGUGAUGAGCCGGAUUCCGACUUCCGGUCUAGCAUCACCGUGGUUGAUGUUGCACACAAGUCGCUCGACAUUGUCACCGUCUUCCACAAGGCCAGCUCCCCAGCUUCCACCAGAGUUGCCAACCUGGUCAAGCAGAUCUCGGCCAAUGCCCAGGCUGGAGCUACUAUUGACCAGGCCAGCGACCAUACCGCGCAGACGCAACUGAGCCGAGACCCAUUCGAGCUCAACAUCACCGAGGAGCCUCCCACUGUUGAGCAGGUCCAGACAAUCCUCGACUACGUUGGCAAGACCAGCAUACCCAAGGUUAUCAAGGGAGCUCACGAUGAGAAGGAUGCGCUGAAGAAGUUCCGAGAGAGCAAGGAGAGCUUCUUGCGACCGGUGACUGUGGACUGGAACAAUGGAAAGGCCAUUGCCGGCGAUAAUGAGAGCGAGAUUCUGAAGAUGCUGAAGACGCAGAAGUCAGAGUGA